GACUUGAACUGGUGACCCAGACGGAUGAUAAUCACUUGACGAUAAGCGGAUCGCAAAUAGACGCGCUCUCCCAUCCAUGGGGGGUCGCAUUUUCGAUCAUGGGCGUGUUAUUGCACCCAAGUCACUUGGUUUCCCUGGUAUUUGGCCAAUCUAAUCGUGGAUCGGGAAUAGGGAAUCGGGGGAGCGCCUCUCGAGUGGUUGCCAUGGUGCAUCCAGGCGUAAUCUUCGCCUUGGCGAUAGCUGCGCCUUAUCGCCGGAACUUUUCCAAUGCUAUUUGAACCCAUUGAACCCGUAUUUGUUUGUAACUUUUCGCAACCAUCGGCGGCGGGAACAUAAAUAUUAUUUUUGUUUCGAAGCGUUAUUAAAAACAUGGCAUAAAGCUGACCAGGCAGCCGUUCAUUUUCCACGGUCCGCACAUAUUCAACGAUCGUCUUGGCGAGCGCAUCGCACAUUGCACAGCAUUCCAAUUACUAUAUAUAUAUAUAUAUAAUAUACAAUACUAUAUAAAUCCGAACAGAAUAUGGCCGAUCAGAAACUGCUGCAAACCCCGCUGGCACAGGGCGAUCCGGAGCUGGCCGAGCUGAUCAAGAAGGAGAAGGAGCGCCAGCGCGAAGGACUCGAGAUGAUCGCCAGUGAGAACUUCACCUCGGUGGCGGUUCUCGAGAGCCUGAGCUCCUGCCUGACCAACAAGUACUCCGAGGGAUAUCCCGGCAAGAGGUACUACGGUGGCAACGAGUACAUCGACCGCAUAGAGCUGCUCGCCCAGCAACGCGGACGCGAGCUGUUCAACCUGGACGAUGAGAAGUGGGGCGUUAAUGUGCAGCCUUAUUCCGGAUCCCCGGCCAAUCUGGCUGUCUACACGGGCGUCUGCCGGCCCCACGAUCGCAUCAUGGGCCUGGAUCUGCCCGAUGGCGGUCACUUGACGCACGGUUUCUUCACGCCCACCAAGAAGAUAUCGGCCACAUCGAUCUUCUUCGAGAGCAUGCCGUACAAAGUGAACCCGGAGACGGGCAUCAUCGAUUACGAUAAGUUGGCGGAGGCGGCGAAGAAUUUCCGGCCGCAGAUCAUCAUUGCUGGCAUAUCGUGCUACUCCCGUCUGCUGGACUAUGCGCGUUUCCGACAGAUUUGCGAUGAUGUGGGCGCCUACCUGAUGGCCGACAUGGCCCAUGUGGCGGGCAUUGUGGCCGCGGGAUUGAUACCAUCGCCGUUCGAAUGGGCCGACAUUGUGACCACCACCACGCACAAGACACUGCGAGGUCCGCGCGCCGGCGUGAUCUUCUUCCGCAAGGGCGUGCGCAGCACCAAGGCCAAUGGAGACAAGGUACUCUACGAUCUGGAGGAGCGCAUCAACCAGGCGGUGUUUCCAUCACUCCAGGGUGGUCCGCACAACAACGCCGUGGCUGGCAUUGCCACCGCCUUCAAGCAGGCCAAGAGUCCCGAAUUCAAGGCCUACCAGACGCAGGUGCUCAAGAAUGCCAAGGCCCUGUGCGAUGGCCUCAUUUCGCGAGGCUAUCAGGUGGCCACCGGCGGCACCGACGUCCAUUUGGUGCUGGUCGAUGUGCGUAAGGCUGGCCUGACCGGCGCCAAGGCCGAGUACAUCCUCGAGGAGGUGGGCAUCGCGUGCAACAAGAACACUGUGCCCGGCGACAAGUCCGCCAUGAAUCCCUCCGGCAUCCGGCUGGGCACACCGGCCCUGACCACUCGCGGCCUUGCCGAGCAGGACAUCGAGCAGGUGGUGGCCUUCAUCGAUGCUGCCCUAAAGGUUGGCGUCCAGGCAGCCAAGCUGGCCGGCAGUCCCAAGAUAACCGAUUACCACAAGACGCUGGCCGAGAAUGUGGAGCUCAAGGCCCAGGUGGACGAGAUCCGCAAGAAUGUGGCCCAGUUCAGCAGGAAAUUCCCGCUGCCCGGCCUGGAGACCCUGUAGGUGCUGCCUGCUUUGUUUGUCCCUUUUUCUUUUGUUCGCCUUACGAUUUACAUCCUCGAAAAGUCCGCUUGUUAAUAUCAUAAGUGGGAAUUAGUAGUUAAGCCAUUAAACGCAUUUCAGUUUACAUACC